AUGAAGCUUUUCGUUCCUCUCUUUGGCCUUGCAUUGGCACUUCCCUCAUCAUGGGCGAACACUGGUUCGCACAGUCUCCGUGGGGCCUAUGACUUUGAACGACAACUCGCCAUUGCUUAUGAUGCAUGCAAUGAUGGGGCAUUUGAUUCCGGGUGUGCAGAAAGCACCAAAUGUUCAACUACUGACCUCCCAGCAAAUGUUGUUGAAUUCUGGGAUGUCAAGGGUAACGUGAACUGUCUGCAGCUAGGAUUCGAUUUUGGGUGGAAGACCGGGGAUCCUGGCUGUUUUGAUGAAACAGACCAGGCAUUUGCACCCAAUGGUGCCAAUCUUGGUGCUACCAGUGUCCGAUCAUGCCCCAACUGGGAUUGCUCACUUCCUGCAAGUGCCACAUAUUCGGUUGACUGCAAGAAUGCUGAAGGAGCGCAGUUCACAGAUGCCACGAUCUCAGCCAACCUAGAUAUGUAUGUUAUCGUCAAGGCUCAGGGACUCUACCUGUACAAGUAUGAAGAGGGAACCAGCCUUGAUGUCAUAACCCCUGGAGGCAAAGCGAUAAGUCAUAUCGAGUUUUGUUUUCUGUCCCGAGUGCCAGUCCAAGCAAAUCACCAACUCCGAGUCCCAGUGCAUCGCCUUCCGCCAGUCCAAGCAAAGCACCAACUCCGAGUCCCAGUGCAUCACCUACCGCCAGUCCAAGCAAAGCACCGACUCCCAGCCCAAGUGCAACCCCCAGUUCCAGCCCAAGCAAAGCACCAACUCCCAGCCCAAGUGCCACCCCUAGUUCCAGUCCGAGUUCCAGCCGAGUUCAGCCCGAGUUCCAGCCGAGUUCCAGUCCAAGUGCAUCACCCUCUGCCAGUCCAAGCAAAGCCCAACUCCGAGUCCAGUCAUCACCUCUGCCAGUCCAAGCAGCACGACCCCAGCCAAGUGCAACCCCCAGUUCCAGCCCAAGCAAAGCACCAACUCCCAGCCCAAGUGCCACCCCAGUUCCAGUCCGAGUUCCAGCCCGAGUUCCAGCCCGAGUUCCGCCGAGUUCAGCCCAGUUCCGCCGAGUUCUAG